AGUUACAGACAAGUUCACCGAGAGCAUGUACGUGCUGGCCAACGAGCCCUCCGUGGCCCUGUACCGGCUGCAGGAGCACGUGCGGCGAUCCCUGCCGGAGCUGGCGCAGCACAAGUCCGACAUGCAGAGCUGGGAGGAGCAGAGCCAAGGAGCAAUCUACACGGUGGAGUACGCCUGCAGUGCCAUAAAGAACAUGACUGACAGCAGCGUGUACUUCAAGAGCAUCGACAGCCUCCUCAAGCACGCCAUAGCCAUGAAGGACCAGCUGAACGCUGCUCAGGGCCGCAGCGCUGUUGCCCCACAAGCCAAGAAUCCUCCAGCCAGUUCCUGAUUUCGGACAAGACUGACCGUCCUCUGCUGCCUUCUCCAGCCCAGCUCUAUGUUCUCCAGCCGCGGGAGGAGUGAGAAACCACCUGCUCGAUCUGUGAAGCUGCACAGGGGUCUCUGCCUGCCUGGCCAUUCCCAGUAACAAGGUGCUGCACCUGAGCAGGCAAAUCCUGCCCCUGGGGUCAGGACUGCCU